AGAAGAAGCGAAGGGUGAUAAAAAUACAACACAGCUUAUUCACUGAAGACCAAUACCCUUGUACUGUCUCAAAGAGCGCAUUCGGAGAGCAUGACGCGUAGUUUAGCGCGUUUUGUAAAGAUGGACAUAUCAAUAUAGUCGUUGGAUGAUGGGGAAUGGUCGGGGAAUAUCUAGCAGCUUGGCCAUAGUGGCAGUUUGCCUUGUAGCACUACUGUGUGCCAACCUACUGCUCUACCUGUACCUAGAUUCACUGUAUCCAGGAGUUGCCUCGCAUUCCCCGCAUGGGCACUGCCCACCUCGCCACUUUAAACUGGGCACCAUGCGUGACUGUGAGCCCUGGCUGCAGUGUCCAGAGGUACAAACUGACAUCCGCAGGCUGAAGAUGGUUGGACAGGGAGCAGUGAAGAAGGUGUACCUGUCAGAAUGGAAAGGACAGAAGGUGGCUCUGUGUGUGCUUUCCUCUGAGACCUACCGUGAUGACUUCCUGCAUGGGCUCUCCAUGCUGCGUCCGCUCCAGAGCGCGCGGGUGGUGCAGCUCGUUGGGGCCUGCGAAGCUGAUGGCAUCUUCGUCACUGAGUACCACCCCUUGGGCACCCCUAUGGGCCUGGAUGACGCCCUGACGAUCCCACGGUACCGCAGCAGCGACGCAUGGCAGACCCGUUUGCGCUUGGCGCUGGACUAUGUGUCCUUCCUCAGUUUUCUCCAUGCCAGUCCGGUGGGCACGCGAGUCAUGUGCGACUCCAACGACCUCAGCAAGACCCUCAGUCAGUUCCUGCUGACCGCAGACUUUCGGCUAGUGGCUAACGACCUUGAUGCGUUGCCAGAGGUGACCCCUGGAGGUCAUGGGGUCAAGUGUGGCCCUCGGCAGCUCACGGGGGAUUUUGUGGCCCCCGAACAGUUGUGGCCCCACGGAGACGAGAAGCCCUUCUCAGACGACCUCAUGCCUGGCUACGACGAGAAAACGGACAUUUGGAAGAUUCCAGAAGUCACAGGCUUCUUGCUAGGGCAUGUCACAGGAAGUGAUGUCAUACAUUUUCAUCUGUUUCAGAUCCAUGCUGACUGUAAGAAACCGGACCCUAAACAGCGCCCCACUGCAAGGGAGGUUUUGAGUGUCUACCGUGCUGUUUACGACACCAUGGUGGAGAGCCAGCAACAGGCCCGAGAAAUGCUCUAGCAGAAAAUGUGUUGACUAUGUUGGGGAAUCAGCCAUUCAAAAAUAAUUGCUGGGAGAAGAUGUGCAUAGAUGCUGCAAUAAUUAUGAAGUUAAAUCUGCUGUAUUCACUCAGUUGUUUAUAAACAUGACAAAU